AUUUGCAUGCUCAUCACUGUUUCAUGGAAGAAUUAAAGAGAUAUCUCAGGAGUUCAUCUGAAAUCACUCAAGAGCUGACCAUCAAGAACCACUGAAUCCUCAAAAACUUUGAAGAGAGUUACUCAAUUUCCUCUCCAUCCUUGAGUUCUGUCCAUUGUGUGUACUGACCCCUGAAGCCAACAUUAAUCUAUCCUGUUGCAGGUGUACACCCUAUAGCUAACAGAAUGAAUAUGCAGUAUGGUCUUCCAUUGGUAUGUAGCCUGGCACUUAAAGCUCAGCCCAUGAGGGAGGUGUGUUUCUAUUCACAAAAGAGCUUAUAGUAGUGUUAUAUUGGUUUCUGUGUUUUUGGCAUCUUGUGCUUCCUCAUUCAGUGGGAGGAAAGAAAUGAGAGAUGCUACCACACCCUAAUGGAAGAAGGUGUAGUGCUCUUUGGCCUCUGUUUUGACCUGUUUUGUUUGUGAGUCACGAGCUAAAUUGAUUGGGUGGGUCUGACAUUCAUUUUCAAAGAGAGGAAGCAGGAGGUGCACCCAGUCACACAGAAACUGGGAGGCUCUUGCUGUGGAUGGAUCUUGUCUUCAGGCUGCUGUAUUCAACUGCCCUUUUCCAAAGCCAUCUUCUGCUCAUCCUCUCCAACCUAUGGAGUCUACUUUCAGAAUCAUACUGUUUUUGAUGGUCAUGGCUGCAUCAGCAGCACAGGAGUACUGCAUAUGUCCAACCAACAGACGGACGCAUUGUGUUGUGGAGCAUGGUAGCUGCGUCUGCAAGGCUCUGGGUUCAAAUCAGAAAGUGGACUGUUCAACGCUGACGUCUAAAUGUCUGCUUAUGAAGGCAGAGGUGGGUGCCCCAAAAGGCAGGCGGUUUUCAAAACCUGAAACUGGUUUUUUGGAUAAUGAUGGGCUAUAUGAUCCAGACUGUGACAACAGUGGCAUCUUCAAAGCCAGGCAAUGCAAUCAUACAGAUACUUGUUGGUGUGUGAACAGUGCUGGGGUCAGGAGAACGGAUAAGAGUGAUAAAAACAUACGGUGCAACGAGCUUGUUAGAACCAACCGGAUUUUCAUUGACCUAAAGCACAAAAAGCGUGAAUCUGCCUUCUCUGAGUCCGAAGUAGCAAGCAGUCUCCUGCAACUCAUUCAGAGCCGGUACAUGCUCCAACCAAGCUUCAUCCCUUCUAUUAAGUAUGAUUACCCAUUCAUCCGUAUUGACUUGAAACAGAACAUUUCACAGAAGUCUUACAGAGAUGUGGAUAUUGCAGAUGUAGCGUAUUACUUUGAAAAAGAUAUCAAACGUGACUCCCAUUUUACCUCUGAUAAUAUAUUUAAAAUCACUGUCAAUGGAGAACCAUUAGAUAUUGAAGGAAUCCUAAUUUAUUAUGUUGAUGAAAUCCCCCCAGAGUUCUCAAUGCAGCACCUGACAGCUGGUGUUAUUGCAGUGGUGGUGGUGGUUCUCUUGGCCAUUAUAAUUGGGAUUACCGUGCUUGUGAUUAUUAGAAGAUGGAGGACUGGGAAAUAUCAGAAGGUUGAGAUUAAGGAAAUGGGAGAAAUGAAAAUAAAUCAGAUUUCAUAGAUGCUGUAAUUUGAAGAUAGAAUUAAGAUUUUGAUGCUGAGGAAAUGAAAAAUAGAUUAUACCAUGUUGUUUGAAUGGAAGGAGGUAUUAAUUUUUCUUUCUAAAAAAAA